AUGAUGGCACCCAUGCGCAUUGCUCUUGAGGGCUGUGUGAGUUUCCUCUUCAUGAUCUCAGGUCAUCCCCAACUCCUAGUGUGGCUGCUAACCUAUUCCAUCCAGGGCCAUGGCAGCCUCAACGUGAUUUACGAUGCCGUCAAGGUCAAGGCUGACCAACUGAAUUGGACAUCUGUGGAUGUCCUCAUCAUUGGAGGAGACUUUCAAGCCCUCCGCAACUCAAAUGAUGCCACUUGUGUCUCUAUGCCCGCCAAGUAUCGCCAGAUUGGUGACUUCCAUGAGUAUUACAGCGGCAAGCGCGUUGCACCCUACUUGACGAUCUUCCUCGGGGGUAACCAUGAGGCUUCCAACUACCUCUCUGAGCUGUACUACGGUGGCUGGGUGGCUCCUAACAUCUAUUAUCUCGGCGCUGCCAACAUCAUUCGUCUUGGUUCUCUUCGAAUUUCUGGGAUUUCUGGCAUUUGGAAAGGCUAUGACUACCGCAAGCCUCACUUCGAGCGUCUCCCCUACAAUGAAAGUGACGUGCAAUCCAUUUAUCACGUGCGUGAACUUGAUGUUCGCAAGCUGCUCCAAGUGCGCACUCAGGUGGACAUUGGUCUUUCUCAUGACUGGCCUCAGGGCGUUGAAAAACAUGGUGACUACAUCACUCUUUUCAAGAAGAAGAGGGGAUUUGAGCAGGAUUCUCACACUGGCCGACUUGGCAGUACGCCUGCCCGUGAGCUCCUUGAUCACCUUCGCCCUCCUCUUUGGUUCUCGGCUCAUCUGCAUGUCCGAUUUACUGCCUUCUUGCGUCAUGAUGGCUCCAGCACUCCCACAAAGCAGCAGGCUUUGGCCAACCAUGCUCCCCGGUCUUUGACUUCCUCUACCAAGAUCAGCCUGCCGGAUGAACACAACAAGGCUAUCUGCCCCAAUGAAGAGGGUCCUAUGACUGCUGGUCAGCGCAAGCUGGGAGUUGCCACCGGAGAUGUGGCUGCGCGGAUUGCGGCUUGGCAAGGAUUCGGAAAGGUGGCUCAUCGGAAGGAAAUGGCUGACGAGGCCGAGUUCAUGGCAGCCUUUAAGCAGCGACAGGCCACUGGUGCUAAGCUAGGUCAACCCUUCACAUUUGAGGAGACAGUGAGGAUUGGGAAGGGUCCUAUUCAGACGUUUGUUCUCGGCCCCGACGGAGAGAGAGUUGAAACUACGGGCAUCUCCAGCUCUACUCAGAACAGCGUUUCUGCUUCCGAGACCACCGCCGAGAAAUUUGCAAAUGCCGACAAAGUCAGCCUUGGCAGCAGCCCUGCCAGUUCAACUGGGGCCCGCCUCGAAUCUGCGACGGAGACACCAUCCAAUGCCAAAUCGUCCAUGGAACAGGAUUCGAAUGUCGCCAACAACGAUCAAAUCAGUCUGGGCUCGAGCUCAAAGUCAAGCCCUCAGAGUGUCGCCAGCUCAGCUCCUCUUGAUCACUCUUCGCUCGCUUUGGCCCAGCUCGAUGGAGCACCUUUUUCGAAGGAACUUGUUGACGAGAAAGACAAUCUCGUUGAAGACGACCUCGAUGAUUUGGUUGCCGUGGCGAAGAAUGAACUUCCCGCUAGUCUUGAACGCUCUCCGACCCCAGUUGCUGUCAGCAAGGUCCUUCCUGCCCCGGAAGAAAUCACCAACAAGCUCACAAAGUUCCUGACCCUGGACAAGCCCAAGAAUCAUGACCCAUUCGUUGAAUUGGUUGAGUUCGGCCCUGUCUCUCAGGGGGAGACUGAGCAGCAGCGUCCAUUCCGCCUCCAAUACGACAAGGAGUGGCUGGCCAUUACUCGUGUCUUUGCUGAGGAGCUUGACUUCGGCAAUGUGGAUGCCUCGGUCCCCCACCACAAGGGUUACGAAUACUACCAGCGUCGCAUUGCUGAGGAGGAAGUCUGGGUCCAGGAGCACGUCGUCGAUGCUGGUCUGCUGAACGUUCCGGAGGAUUUCGCUCGCACUGCGCCUGUUUAUGACCCUUCGGUCAUCAUUACCACCGAUGAGCAGCCAGUGGAGUACACCAACCCCCAGACCGAGGCCUUCUGCCGCCUGGUGGGAAUUGAGAACAAGUUUGAUCUUCCCGAUGAGGAGCGACGUGCCCGCGUGGAGGCUGGUCCUCGUCCUUGUGAUCCUCGCACUCGCAAGACUCGAGGUCGGGGCAGCCGGGGCGGCCGAGGCCGUGGGGGACGUGGUCGUGGCCGCGGCCGGGGCGGCCAUAGCAAGAGCGGUAACUGGAACCAGGGUGGUGGACAAGGUGGGCUAGCCACUUGGUAG